AUGUUUCUACAGAGGCAACGUACUCGACAAUGUCCUUUUUGCAAACGUUAUAUGGAUUGCAAAAUUUUGGCCGACCACAUGCAGAACUGCCUUUCUAAAGAUGCUGGUGGAAACAUUGAGAGUUCUUCGAAAAGUCUACGGAGAUUCGAUCUCUUGAAAGGACGUACUCAGCAAUGUACCAUCUGCAAACACUGGAUGGAUACCAGGGUUCUGGUCUUCCACAUGUGGGAAUAUCACCGCAAGGAGGUUGAGGCAAACCACGAAGAAGAGGCAAACACUGUUAGCGAAACGCCAACGAAGAAAGGUCGCUACGAAAGUACAACCGUUGACAGUGAUUUCGAAGCAAACUGUUCAACGAACCAUCAUCUUGUCGAAGAUGGGAAAGGACGUUAUUGGGUGAGAUGUCCCAUAUGCGAACAUCAGCAACUGAGCCAAGAAGAACUCAUUAAUCAUUGCUUCCAUGUUCAUGAAGAUAAGUAUUCUAUUGUCCAACAACGUAUAUUCAACAGUGCCCGAAAAUGUGAGUUAUGGAAAGAGUCAAUCAAAAAAUCACAUUGUACUGCUUGGAUAGAGACUGACCGAUAUCGAACUGAUACACAAGUGGUUGUGCUAUACCGCUGCAGCAGGGUGAUCGGGAACGGGGCCCAUUGCGAUAAUCUGGAAGAGGUUGGGCCUGGUGAGGUCUACAGUUGCACCUCAUUUUUGAAGGAGCACAUAAGCGAUGAUGGUAGCGUUCUGGUGAAGUACUGCACACGACAUGUCGCUCAUGAACUAGAAGUUGCUGAGCUGCCUUUUUCCAAGUCAGAUGAGGAGUUCAUUGAGGACUUGAUAAGGCAAGGCCUCUCUAUGGUCGCUAUUCGACGCAAAGUUCGAAGUCAUUUCGGCCCUACGGACAGACUUCAUUGGAUCACGGAUGGUGAUAUCCGGAACAUAUCGGCAAGACUUGACCGCCGUCAAGACAAUCUCGAAUUUUCGAACGAUGCCUCUCCUGGAACAAGCUCCACAGCUGAAAACUCUCAACCGCCGCAUGUCCAGUUAUCGGUCGGUGCAGCAACGUUACUGGAGGAAGGCGGCGUAAAAAACGAAGUUGUGAGCAUGAACAGCAAUGAGGAAAGUGGCCACAGAUCCAAUGAAUCUCCUAUUCGAGGCGAAUCCUUGCUUCAGUGCCCAUCUUGUGUGAAACUAAGUGAAAGGAUGUUUGAACUUGAGGACGUUGUGAAAAGACUCAGCGAUAGAUUGAUGGAGUUGGAAGGCUCACAAGUUUUCGUCAGUAAUCUGAAAGAAGAGCGCAUUUAG